AUGGCUUCUUCGAGUUCCGGUAGCUCAAUUCCGGCGCCAGAGGCAGUUCAGGUUCUGGUCUCUUCGCUCGCGGAUGAAUCGCCGCUGGUCAGAAAAGCCGCCAUGGCUUCUCUCAAGGAUAUAGCCGUUCUGAACCCGCUUCUGGUCCUUGAUUGUUGCUCUGCGGUCUCUCGAGGCGGUCGAAGACGGGUUGGGAACAUUGCUGGACUGUUUCAAGUCAUGGCGAUGGGAGUUGGAGCGUUGGAUAAAGACGAUGUUGAUCCUUCUUUCAUGGCAAAGCUCGCGAAGAUCGCCACUGCUGAAAUUGUCUCUUCUAAGGAAGUCAAUACAGAUUGGCAAAGAGCUGCUGCUAGCUUACUUGUUUCGAUAGGAUCCCAUCUACCUGAUCUGAUGAUGGAGGAGAUUUUUCUUUAUUUAUCUGGACCUAGUUCAGCUCUGCCUGCUAUGGUGCAAAUACUUGCAGAUUUUGCUUCUGCUGAUGCUGCGCAGUUCCUUCCAAGAUUAAAAGGUGUACUUUCUCGCAUUCUACCCCUUCUUGGGAAUGUACGAGAUGUCCAUCGGCCAAUUUUUGCAAACGCAUUCAAAUGUUGGUGCCAGGCUGCUUGGCUGUACGAUGAUGAUUUUCCGUCAAACACCUUUCUUGAUGGUGAUGUCAUGUCAUAUUUGAAUUCCGGUUUUGAGCUUCUAUUGAGAGUGUGGGCAACUUCACGUGACCUAAAGGUUCGGGCAUCUUCUGUGGAAGCAUUGGGUCAAAUGGUUGGUCUUAUAACCCGUACACAACUGAAGGCAGCUUUGCCCAGGCUUAUCCCCACUAUGUUAGAAUUGUGUAAAAAGGAUCAAGAUGUUGCCCUUUUGGCUACUAUCUCUCUCCACAAUCUCUUAGAUGCAGCUUUAUUAUCAGAAACGGGUCCACCAAUGCUUGAUUUUGAGGAUCUCACGGUUAUUUUAUCUACUCUUCUCCCAGUAGUUUGCGUCUACAAUGACAGAAAAGGGCAUUCAAAUUUUUCCUUGGGUCUUAAGACCUAUAAUGAGGUUCAUCGAUGCUUUAUGAUAGUUGGCAUGGUGUACCCCGAUGAUCUUUUUACAUUUCUCUUAAAUAAAUGUCGUUUGAAGGAAGAAUCUUUGACUUUUGGGGCCAUAUGCGUUUUAAAGCAUCUUCUCCCUAGGUCGUCUGAAGCUUGGUAUAAUAAAAGGCCUUUACUUGUUGAAGCUGCAAAGUCCUUGCUACAGGAGCAAAGUAUGUGUGUCCGACAGGCUCUAUCCGAGUUGAUUGUGGUCAUGGCCUCACACUGCUAUUUUGUUGGACCAUCUGGAGAAAUAUUUGUUGAAUACCUUGUGCGCCAUUGUGCUCUAUCAGAAACAGAAAGAAGUGAUCAUGGAAAAUCUAAGAUGAAGAUGGGAUAUUUUAGCCUAGGAGAGUUGAGGGCAGUAUGUGAGAAAGGCCUUCUCCUUUUGACGAUUACUAUUCCUGAGAUGGAGCAUAUUCUUUGGCCUUUUCUGUUGAAGAUGAUUAUUCCACGUGCUUAUACUGGUGCAGUCGCUACAGUCUGCCGAUGCAUCUCAGAGCUGUGUAGACAGAAGUCUUCUAAUAAUAAUAUACUCUCUGAGUGCAAAAGUUGGUCUGAUAUACCUAAUCCUGAGGAUCUUUUGGCCCGCUUGUUAGUGCUUUUGCAUGAUCCCCUGGCUCCAUCACAGUUAGCAACUCAGAUUUUGACUGUCCUUUGCUAUUUGGCUCCUCUCUUCCCAAGAAACAUUACCCUAUUUUGGCAAGAUGAGAUUCCUAAAAUGAAGGCAUAUGUCAGCGACACGGACGAUUUAAAGCUGGAUCCUUCAUACCAAGAGACAUGGGAUGACAUGGUAAUCAAUUUUCUUGCAGAAUCUUUAGAUGUAGUUCAAGACAAUGACUGGGUGGUUUCCCUUGGAAAUGCUUUUACAAAUCAGUAUGAGCUGUAUGCACCAGAGGAUGAACAUUCUGGACUUCUUCAUCAGUGCCUCGGCAUGCUUUUGCAGAAAGUUGAUGACAAGGCUUAUGUUCAAGAUAAGAUAAAUUGGAUGUAUAGACAAGCUGAUAUUGCUAUUCCAUCCAACAGACUUGGUCUGGCAAAAGCCAUGGGAUUGGUUGCCGCAUCUCACUUGGAUACGGUUCUGGAAAAGCUGAAAGACAUUCUGGUUAAUGUUGGGCAAAGCAUUUUCCAAAGAUUGUUGUCUUUAUUCUCUGAUAGUAGUAAAACUGAAGACUCGGAUGACAUACAUGCUGCAUUAGCUUUGAUGUAUGGAUAUGCUGCAAGAUAUGCUCCAUCAACAGUUAUUGAAGCCAGGAUAGAUGCACUUGUUGGAACUAAUAUGCUAUCGGAGCUUCUUUAUGUCCGCCAUCCUACAGCAAAGCAGGCUGUAAUUACUGCUAUUGACUUAUUAGGUCGUGCUGUCAUCAAUGCUUCAGAACAUGGAGCGCCUUUCCCCCUGAAAAAAAGAGAUGUUUUGCUGGACUAUAUAUUAACACUGAUGGGCAGGGAUGAUGAUGAAGAUUUAGCUGAUUCCAGUCUAGAACUUCUGCGAACUCGGGCAUUGGCUUUAAGUGCCUGUACCACUUUGGUUUCGGUGGAGCCAAAAUUGACAGUAGAAACAAGAAAUCUUGUUUUAAAGGCAACCUUAGGAUUUUUUGCUGUGCCAAAUGAGCCAGAAGAUGUCGUAAAAUCCCUAAUAGACAACCUUAUAACUCUGUUGUGCGCAAUCCUCCUUACUAGCGGAGAGGAUGGAAGAAGUCGGGCAGAGCAGCUACUGCAUAUUUUGAGACACAUUGAUCAAUAUGUUUCUUCAGCGGUUGAUUAUCAGAGGAAAAGAGGUUGUCUUGCCGUGCAUGAGAUGCUUCUUAAAUUCCGGAUGCUUUGUGUGAGUGGAUAUUGUGCAUUGGGCUGCCAUGGUAGUUGCUCGCAUGGCAAGCAAUUGGACCAUACCACGCGGGCCAAUUUUCCUAACUUACCAUCCGCAUUUGUAUUGCCAAGUCGUGAAGCUCUUUCACUGGGGGAGAGAGUCAUUGUGUAUCUACCUCGUUGUGCAGACACUAAUUCUGAAGUUAGAAAAGUUGCUGCUCAGAUUCUUGACCAACUGUUCAGCAUUGCUCUCUCACUUCCGAAGCCUGUUGGAUCUAGCUCCAGUGUGGAUAUUGAAUCGUCAUAUCUGGCUUUAUCCUCCCUUGAGGAUGUUAUAGCCAUCUUGAGAAGGGAUGCAUCCAUUGAUCCAUCAGAGGUUUUCAACCGAAUUGUUUUUUCUGUGAGUGUUUUAUUGACAAAGGACGAGCUUGUAGCAACCUUGUAUGGUUCUGCAGCAGGUAUAUGUGACAAGGUCAAGCUGUCAGCUGAAGGGACUAUACAAGCAGUUAUUGAGUUUGUUACUAAGAGGGGGCAUGAACUGAAUGGUGCUGAUCUUUCAAGGACAACCCAGUCACUACUCUCUGCCGCAAUACAUGUAACUGAGAAGCAUAUGAGGUUGGAGACUAUUGGAGCUAUUUCUUCACUUGCUGAAAGUACGAGUUCCAAAAUUGUCUUCAAUGAAGUAUUAGCAACUGCUGGAAAGGAUAUCAUCACAAAGGACAUAUCUAGAUUACGAGGUGGCUGGCCGAUGCAGGAUGCUUUUUAUGCCUUCUCUCAGCACCCUGUCCUGUCAUCGGAGUUUCUGGAGCAUCUGAUAUAUGUUCUUAAUCAGACCCCUGUUGGUAAAGUGGAUUUGGAUAAAGGAGAGAUCUCUCAUAAUUUCCCUGAUGUCCAAAUGGAGGAUGAGAUUCUUCAAGCUUCUAUGUUCGCUCUGACUGCCUUCUUUAGAGGUGGGGGUAAAGUUGGAAAGAAGGCUGUUGAGCAAAGUUAUGCUUCUGUUCUUGCUGGACUUACACUCCAGUUUGGAAGUUGUCAUGGUCUUGCCAGUUCUGGUCAGCUUGAACCAUUACAAUAUCUUCUGGCAGCGUUCCGUGCUUUUUGUGAAUGUGUUGGAGACCUUGAAAUGGGAAAGAUACUGGUCAGAGAUGGAGAGCAAAAUGAGAAGGAGAAGUGGAUUACUGUCGUUGGAGAUAUAGCAGGCUGCAUCUCCAUAAAAAGACCAAAAGAGGUCCAAACCAUUUGCUCGAUUUUAACUAAAUCGUUGAACCGUCAUCAAAGAUUUCAAAGAGAAGCUGCAGCUGCUGCCUUGUCAGAGUUCGUUCGGUACAGUGGGGAAUUCGGCUCUGUUUUAGAGGAAAUGGUUGAGGCAUUGUGUCGACAUGUAUCGGAUGAGUCUCCAACUGUCAGACGCCUCUGUUUAAGAGGGCUUGUGCAGAUACCAUCUGUUCAUAUUUCUCACUACACAACUCAAAUACUUGGUGUAAUAGUGGCAUUGAUGGAUGAUGCAGAGGAAUCAGUUCAAUCAACUGCUGUUUCUUGUUUACUCAUGAUUCUUGAGUCCUCCCCCAAUGACGCAGUGGAGCCUAUUUUGCUUAAUCUUUCAGUCAGACUCCGCAGUCUCCAGGUGUCCAUGAACCCAAAGAUGCGAGCCAAUGCAUUUGCAGCCUUUGGAUCCCUUAGCAGUUAUGGAGUUGGUGGGCAGCAUGAGGCAUUUCUUGAACAGAUACAUGCUGCCAUGCCCCGGUUGGUUCUGCACCUUCAUGAUGAUGAUCUUAGUGUCCGACAUGCAUGCCGAAACACUCUCAAACGAAUCGCCCCUUUGAUGGAGAUAGAAGGAUCAGUUACCUUAUUCAACUCCAACUUCUUCACCUCCGAUCACAGGACGGACUAUGAAGGCUUUCUGAGAGAACUAACGAAACAGUUGGUCCAACAUCUUCCGUCAAGAGUGGACACCUACAUGGCACUCACAAUACAGGCUUUCGACUCUCCAUGGCCGAUCAUCCAAGCAAAUGCAAUAUAUUUGGUCAGCAGCUUCCUAUCAGUCUCAGAUGAUCAGCGUACUUUAUCCCUUUACUACUCACAGGUGUUCGGGAUGCUGGUGGGUAAAAUGAGCCGGUCACCUGACGCUGUAGUGAGGGCAAGAUGUUCCUCCGCAAUCGGCCUCCUACUCAAGUCUUCCAAUUCCGUCUCCUGGAGAUCGGCUCGCCUCGACAGAAGGUCUAGUGACUGA